AAUUGUUUUUUCUCAAUAACUGUCUAUGAUUAAUGAUGGAAAAGCGGAAUUCUAGCAAUAAGGAAGACCGUCAGGUCUUCCAAUAUUUUGUCGCUAAACAAAAUACUAUUCUGAUGUGUAUAUCUGGAGAAUGCGACAAAAAUGUCAAUACUUUACGUCUCGGCAUGCUUGUCGAAGCUGUCGAAGAUUUGGGUGAUAGUGCACUUAAAAUACGCGUUAUUGAUACAACAGGAUCAGAAAUUUGGCGUGGCACCGAAUGGCGCUGUCAUAGAUUUGAUUUAAUCUCAGUAACACCAGAAGUAUGGAAAUUUCUACCUGCUGUUUCAGUCCCUCAAGAAAGGGUUCGCUUAGCAAAUUAUAAACACUUAUGUGAAGAACUUAUGAGUCUGGUAAUAAAUGAUACUGUUUGGUAUUGUGCUGAUCCCCUGGGAUGUACCAAAUAUUUGGCUAUUAUUAAAUACAUUGGACCUGUGCCACAGCUUGGGCAAGGAUAUUAUUUUGGCCUUGAUUUAUUGGAAUGUCAAGAAUCAUCAAAAACAGCUUUACUUAGUAAAGAAUACUUUGUUUCUACUCACUCUGAAGGAAGAUUUGCUACAUUAAGUAAUAUAUUCCCAUUAAAACCUGAUGGUCCUACAGGUCUUGCAAAAGCAGAUAAAAAUUAUUUAAUAAAAAUUGAAACAGGAAGUAAUUGUACAAAUGAUAAAAAGAAAUCUGUAUUGGAUACAAUACCACCUGUCCUGUUAGAAAGAUUUACUACAUUUGAUGACAAUAAAAAUAACAAUAGAGAUCAAAGAUCUCUGCCAAAGGAAUAUCUGCAAUCAAUGAAAUCAACAACACAUGAAAAUGAUAGCAAUGUAAUUAAAAGCACAACUACCCAUGGUAGUACACCUGAAAAGAAUGAAAAUAAAAAAUUUGGACGAACAGAGAACUUAGAUUUAAUUGUGGGUUCAAAUGUGAAGGUACUUUUGGAUUCUGAUGUACACUAUGGAAUUAUUCGUUGGAUUGGAACCCCUUCUGGUGUUACACCUGGUAAAUUGAUGGCAGCUGUAGAAUUGGAUGACAGUCACCCAUCAGGUACUGAUGGAACAUACAAAGAUGUAAGAUAUUUUCAAUGUCGACCUUACAGAGCUGUUUUCACAGAUCUGGAGCAAUGUUCUCGAUAUGAUACAAUGGUAAAAGUUGAUGAUCCAACGACGUCGAUAAAUACAGACAAUUUCGGAAAUAUGGGAAGCUCUGUUAUUGUCGGCAUAGUGCGACCUAUUUCUGUAAAAGGAAACUUAGAAAGUAUUUGUGGAAAAUACCGGGGAAUUCAAGGUCAUCACAAUUCAUGCUACUUAGAUGCCACUCUUUUCAGCAUGUUUACAUUUACUAGUGUUUUUGAUAAUCUUUUAUUUAGACCACCGAAUGAAAAAGAUUGUCCACAAUACGAAGAGGUACAAAGAGUAUUACGCGAAGAAAUUGUAAAUCCACUUAGGAAAAAUAUGUUUGUAAGAGCAGAUCGAGUAAUGAAACUUCGAACUUUGCUUGAAAAAUUAUCUUCCGUAUCCGGACUUACCAGUGAAGAAAAAGAUCCUGAAGAAUUUCUAACAUCUUUAGUUGCUCAAAUUUUGAAUGCUGAACCAUUUCUUAAAUUAAGUUCUGGACAAGAUGCAUAUCAUUACCAACUUUUCGUCGAGAAAGACGAUCAUUUAAAUCUUCCAACUGUGCAACAAUUAUUAGAACAAAGUUUUCUUACAAGUAAUAUAAGAUUGAAAGAAGUUCCUUCAUGCCUUAUUAUACAAAUGCCACGGUUUGGAAAAUCGUUCAAGAUGUAUCAAAAAAUUCAACCUACAUUGUUACUUGAUGUAACAGAUAUAAUUGAGGAUUCUCCACGGCAAUGUACUGUUUGUGGAAAAUUGGCAGAAUAUGAAUGUAAAGAAUGCUUUGGAGAAUGUGGUGUUGGACUUGAAAGCAUUGCUUUUUGUUUGCAAUGUUUAGAAAAGGUACAUCGACAUGAACGGAGAACAAAUCAUGAACCAAAGAAACUUAUAGUACCAAUGGAGUUUGCCAUUUUACAAGAACAUUGUCCCGUUCCGCGAUUAUAUCUUGAAUUAUCGGCAGUGGUUUGCAUUGAAACUUCUCAUUAUGUAUGUUUCGUGAAAUGUGGUUCUGGUUCAGAAGCACCAUGGUGUUUUUUUGAUUCCAUGGCUGAUAGGAAAGGAGAACAAAAUGGUUACAAUAUACCAGAAAUGGUUCCAUGUCCAGAUUUCCCAUAUUGGCUAAGUGAAGAGGGUGGAAAUUAUUUAACUGAAUUAACAGACGAUCGCCAUUUACCGGAGCAUGCAAAACGACUCUUAUGCGAUGCAUAUAUGUGCAUGUAUCAAUCUUCUGAUGUUAUGAUGUACAAAUAAGUUAAAUUACCUGAUAAUUUAGGUAAGUUAGGUUUGAAGUUACUACACAAUGAAAAUAGGCAUAAUGUUUGUGCUUGUUGCUUUAUUUAUUUGAUGUAUGCAAUUUGAUAUGAUAAAGGCAAUUAUUCACAAAGUCUUUAUGCUACUAAAGAUAAAAGAUAAAGAAAGGAACAGAAUAAAACUGAAUUGUAUCAACUCAUAAAGUUUGUCCAAACGCUGAUAAAUAAACAUGUAGGCUCGAAGAAGCUAAAGUGAUACACAGUGGAUAACAUAAUUAUCCAAAUGCUUACAUUUAUCACUUUUUCCACGUGAAACAUGUAUGUUAAACUCCAGUAUUUAAAACAACAUAGUACUUAUAGCAAGAGAAAAGUUUUAAGAUUGUCAGUGAAAUUAAAAAAUAAUUCAAUGAAAUAUACAAUAUUUACAAUACAUUUAUCACAAACACGCACCAUGAAUGACCAACAAAAGUAU